AUGAUGUCAGGUAGCGGCAUUACUGGUCUUGCAGUGGCAUUAUUUUGGUUUCUGGCUACGGUCGCCUAUUUCUGGGGACUUUUUGUUACCAGCAAAGCCUUGACCUACAUAACAACGCACUACAGGUUACCCAUUUUGUCUAUGUUUCUACCUUUCAGGGGUUACGAUGAUGUUGAUCCAGACCGUGUGCAGUUCAUCGAGCAAAUGCUUCGAAACAUGAUCGACGAAAUAAAGCAAAGAGAGCUCGACAUUGCUUCUGGAGCUCUGUUGUCAGAGACAAAUCCGACUGGAGAAGCGGAAGCUGAGAUUACAGCAAGGAGUGCGCCCGAGGGAGGUCGAACUCCUUCUUUCUCGAAGGGGAAACGACAUGGUGCCACUGGAUCAGUAAUGAUCGUCGAGUCGCUGCAGAGUGAUGAGUAG